GAUGACGAAAGACUUGGGGCGGGUUUUGUCGAUGUAGUCCACUUCCUGCUUCUCUGCCCUGGUUUCGCCUGAACAGCUGCAUCAGCCCUUUAUCCGACGAAAGACACAAUGUCACAUCAAACGGGCAUUCAAGCGGGUAACGAUGUGAAGGAAGUCUUUGCCAGUGCCAGGAGCGGAGACCAAUAUCGGGUCUUAAAGAUCAUCCUUGAGGGUGAGCAGCUGACUAUGGGUCCCACCAGGAAAGCAUCAAAGAAGUGGGACCAGGAGUAUGAUUCCUUAGUGCUGCCCCUCCUCGAGGAUGACGUGCCCUGCUAUAUUCUGUACCGGCUGGACUCUACUAACAACCAGGGCUACGAGUGGGUCUUCCUGGCCUGGUCACCAGACCACUCUACAGUGCGACAUAAAAUGUUAUAUGCUGCUACCAGAGCCACACUGAAGAAAGAGUUUGGAGGCGGGAUCAUCAAGGAUGAGAUUUUCGGUACCACAAAGGAUGAAGUGACUCUCAGUGGAUACAGGAAAUAUCUGACCUCGCAGGCUGCUCCACUGCCCCUCACUGCUGCAGAGGAGGAACUGAGACAGAUUAAACUAAAUGAGGUGCAGACGGACAUCAGUGUGGAUACCAAGCAGCAGACUCUGCAGGGAGUGGCCUUCCCUAUUCACAAAGACGCUGUUGCAGCACUUGAACGCUUUAGGGACAAAAGAAUCAAUUACGUUCAGCUGGAAGUAGACGCUUCACAGGAGCUGAUUCGGUUGUGCAACACUGAGCCAACAGAGGUUAAAGACCUGCCAAUGAGAAUCCCUAAAGAAUCUGCACGCUACCACUUCUUCCUCUACAAACAUUCCCACGAAGGCGACUACUUAGAGUCCACAGUCUUCAUUUACUCUAUGCCCGGGUACAAUUGUAGCAUCCGAGAGAGGAUGCUGUAUUCUAGCUGCAAAAAUCCCUUGGUUGACAUGGUGGAAAACAAUCUUCAGAUUGAGAUUGAGAAAAAGUUGGAGAUUGACAAUGGUGAUGAAUUGACCGGUGAUUUCCUGUACGAGGAGGUGCAUCCCAAGCAGCAUGCACACAAGCAGGCCUUCGCCAAGCCCAAAGGCCCUGCUGGGAAGAGAGGUUACCGCCGCAUCACCCGACCCCCCACAGAGGGAGAGGAGGAAGAUUAAACAGACCUCAGCACCCGACCACCACCUCCACCCCAAGCACGUGGGGGGGAAAUCAUAUUUGACACGCUUGUUUAAAAGAAUAAGACAACAGCUUCAAAUUCCCACAAAGUUCCCCAGAGACCCAACUAUGCACGCCAAGGACAACUGAGCAAUGACACACUUCAGAAUUUCCAUUUGUAGCUUGUCAAAUGGAAGCAUAUUUAUGUAUGUUAGUACAGUCAAAUUUAUUUCAAUUUCAAAGAGGCCCUAUCAAAGUCAAGCUUGAGGUUUUUCCAUUGUUGCCAGCUCUAAGACUUUAAAGAUGUUAGUGUGACUAAUGUGAACUUGCGCCAAUAUGAUAAAAUCCCCCCCAUUUUGAGUUCACAUGCUCGAAUUCUUAACUUGCAUUCCUUAAGUCUGUGUCAAUUAAUUUUUUGUGUCUGUGUUGAACAUUUUUCUCCUACUGUUUGCACAAUGAGGUGCUCCAAAGCAGAAAAUAUAUCCCAGUUGUGUUUAUUGAUUCAUUUUAACAGUGCAUUUUAUAUUGGAAAAUUGACUUCUUUUUUGAUAUAACUGUGGUUUACAUGAAAAAUCAUCUGCUGAGAAACUUAUUUUUCUAUGCAAGUGCUGUAAA